UUAGAAAGCUAGAAAGUGCUUGCCACCAUAGAUAUUAGAACGCUAGAUACCGCAUUGUCCGUCGAGUUCUAUUAGGUGGCAACGUAAAUGCGGCCGCCAUAUACGUAUACCUUUAUAUCGGCACAUAGUAUGACUCCGUAUACCUUUAUAUCGGCACAUAGUACGACUCUGUAUACCUUUAUAUUGGCACAUAGUACGACUCUGUAUAUCUUCAUAUCGGCUUUAGAACCGAAUUUAUUGAAAACAACUUCAAAUUGCCCCUCCAUUUCCAAUCAACUACUACAGUAGGCGAUUUAUUAAACGUCUAUCAACAAAAGCUACUACAGUAGGCGAUUUAUUAAACGUCUAUAAACAAAAGCUACUACAGUAGGCUAUUCAUCAACGUCUAUCAACAAAAGCUACUACAGUAGGCUAUUCAUUAACGUCUAUCAACAAAAGACACAAACAACGAGUAUGUUAAUAAUUAUAAGGCUACCACAAUUAAAAUAAUAACCAUAUGGUGGUAGGAAGACAAUCUGUUUUGUUUUGCUAGCAAAUACAUUUAGCAAAUAGUAUAUAAAUGGAAUAAAGCUCCUUAAAAAUUCACACGGAGGUCUGAUUUGAAUGACGGCUAGCUGAACCAAUAAGACAACAUAAUUACCAUUGGAAUUAACUAAGCUUGGCUGUUAGCCUGGUCGGGACCAGGCUAGGUGCAGAGAAUAAAUCCCCAUGGUAACUUAUGUGCCGUCUAACCAAGUAAAGGCUAAAUUCAUCCAGGAUAACCAAAAAAUCAGCUUAAUCCCUUAUCUAGGUAGGUCAAGGCUAAAAUCCCAGUUUAAUCCCUUAUCUAGGAAAUCACAGCUUAAUCCCUUAUCUAGGUUUUGUGUAAUACCCAUCAGGACACAGGCUAACAACAACAACAAAAAAACUGACCAACUGCCUGAACCAGCGACUUUCUAAAGUUACAGUACCCUGACUCUGGGCGUCCUGAAGGGCCGGUACCUACGUCAUAUGGGGGGUGUGACUCUGAGUCCAGACCAGCAGAAGCUUCUGAAGCGUGUGGUGGAGGCGGAGCUUCUCAACAUGCAGAAGAAUCAGACUGAAAGCGAGCUGUCUGAGAGAGCAGCCACAGGAGAGGCCGCACACCACACACUCCUCAAACGCAAGAGGGAAGAGGAGGAGGAGGAAGAGGAGGAAGAGACCACUACAAAGGCCAAGACAAAGAAAUCGCGCCAAGACAAAUCCCCUGAGAUGCUGUGGGAGAAGAGAGCAGGGAAGAGACCACCCAGCGGAGAAGAGGAGGAGGAGGAAGAUGAUGAGGAGGAAGAGAAGGAGGAGGAAGAAACACAACAGACGUCCAGCGGAUCAGAAGAGGACCGUCCUUUACAAAGACGCAAGCAGCCAAUCAGCCUCCAGAGCCGCAGGGACGACCAAUCAGAAGAGGACCGUCCUUUACAAAGACGCAAGCAGCCAAUCAGCCUCCAGAGCCGCAGGGACGACCAAUCAGAAGAGGGCAACAAUAAGGAGGAGGAAGAGGAAGACUCCUCGUCUGAUGAACAAGCGCCCGCAAGGAAAGGGAACAAAGAAGGGGCGGGGCCAGCCACAGGUGGGAUGUUCCCUGGGGAUUCUGACUCCUCCUCCCUGCCUUCAUUGGAUGAGGAGGAAGAGGAAGUAAAAAAGCCAAAGGUGAAGGCGGAGCCAAAUGAGAAGGCAGAGCCAAAGCAGAGAAAGAGGAGGAGCAAGGUGAAGGAGGAGAGCAACGCCAGAGAUGGCAAGGAGGAGCAUAAGUCGGUGUCCAGGCUGAAGCACUACAUCGCCCUCUGUGGUGCGCGGCGGAACUACAAGAAGCUGCUGUCGAACUGCCACUCGGUGGAGACCCAGGUGACCACUCUCAAGACUGAGCUGGAGGCCCUCGGAGUACACGGCCAUCCUUCCGUUAAGAAGUGUAAGAUUGCUCGUCUGAAGAGGGAGGAGGCUCAGGAAUUGGCAGGACUGGACAUGAGUAACAUCAUCGCCACUGAAGGUCGUCCGCGGCGUCAGGCUCCUCGCUCAGCGUCCAAGCGGCUUGUGGACUCCGACAGCCCGUCCACCAGGGGGAGCCAGAGCGCCACAGACUGGAGCCGCUUACGAGGCAUCAUCAGCGACGAGGACAGCGACUGUGUGUGUGUGUGUGUGCACUUACGAGGCAUCAUCAGCGACGAGGACAGCGACUAGUGUGUGUGUGUGUGUGCUUACGAGGCAUCAUCAGCGACGAGGACAGCGACUAGUGUGUGUGUGUGUGUGUGUGCUUACGAGGCAUCAUCAGCGACGAGGACAGCGACUAGUGUGUGUGUGUGUGCGCGCUUAUGAGGCUUCAUCAGCGACGUGUGUGUGUGUGUGCGUACGUGUGCGCGCGUAUGUGUGCUAGUGUGUGUUCUUCCCAAACACAAAGUGCUUUGUCUAUUAUAAAUUAUCAUUUUGUUAAAUAAUUGUCUUGAGGUUUACUUGUUUGUUCAUAUACCUUUUGUUAUAAGAAUAAAAUAUUUUUUAUUGAGA